AUAAGUAUAAGACGCGUCUCCUUCCAUGACAGAUGCCCUCUGCGGAGCUGAGAUAACCUCUUCUUCUUUUCUUCCCCAAUCACGGAGCUGGAUUCGAUAUAACCAUGGGCUCAAGACGGUGUCUACGAGUGGCGAUCAUUCUGGGGUCGUUGUUUAUGACCCUUCUCCUCCUCGUGUACUGGGACGACGUCAGGGGCUUCAGCCUCCAGCCGCUGCUGGAGCCCGGGUCGCAUCAGGCUGCAUCUUGGCCUCGGAAGACUGGGGUUAGGGUUAGGGUUAGGGUUAGUACCAGUGUCAGGGAGCAGGAGGCGAGGAAGCAGAGGGUCAAGGAUGUCUGUUCAGGACAGGGCGCUGUGGAAUUCCCUGGAAGGACUCGACGAUUUGAGCAGAUCCCCAACGGGGAGCUGAAACACCUGAUAGUGGACGACAAACACCAGGUCAUCUACUGCUUUGUUCCCAAGGUAGCGUGCACCAACUGGAAGAAAGUGAUGGCGGUUCUGAGUCAGUCUAUGAUCUCGCCCUCCACAGGAAAACCGUACACUGACCCCAACGAUAUACCUGGGCGGCUCGUAGUACACAGCCAUGGUUUCUUCACCUUUUCCCAGUUUGGGCAUCGUUACGGUUCUCUGUCCCGCCACCAGAUGGAGCUCAAGCUCCAGCACUACACCAAGUUCCUGUUUGUUCGAGAUCCUUUCGUUCGUCUCAUCUCUGCCUUCAGGGACAAGUUUGGAAGCAUCAACCAGCAGUUCUACGACGAGUAUGGUUCGAUCAUGCUGCGUCGCUAUGGUAACCUCUCCGGGGCUCCGCCGAAGACAUCGAAGGAGGCGUUUGCCGCAGGAAUCCUGACGUUUCUGCAGUUUAUCAAGUACCUGCUUGAUCCAGAGACUGAGCCGAAGGUGGACGACGAUCACUGGCAACAGGUGUAUCGUCUGUGUCAUCCGUGCCAGGUCGGGUACGACUUCAUCGGGCGAAUGGAAACCCAGGAAAGCGACGCCGAACACCUGCUGAAGCUCCUGAAGGUGGAUCAUCUGAUCAGCUUCCCCUCAUCCACCAGUAACCUAACCGCAGCCAGCUGGGAAACAGAGUGGUUUGCACAGAUUCCCAUACAGAUGAGACGAGAGCUUUACAAAAUGUACGAAGCAGACUUUGAGCUGUUUGGUUAUCCCAAACCUGACAGCAUCCUCAAUCCUUGACCCACACCCCAGAGCCAAAGGCUACAUGGUUUGCAGUUUGUAGAGCACUGGGGCCGU